AUGUGGGGUGAGCAAGAAUUCUGCCGGAAAGACCUUGAUGAGAUGUUACGUAGCUGGCAUGAGCUGAUCGGUGUGAUCCUAGCAAAGUAUUCUUCUGUCGAUGACGGAGGCAUAUCGUCGAUCGAACACGGACCACGAACGUUGCUCAGCCCAGACUUCGUGCUCAAUGAAAGCUUGCCGGAAUUCUGGCGCGAGUUCCUCACCCAGGCACGACGACCAAACUUCUCGUGUAUUGCGCCAGGUCUCCAGAUCCCGACUGUCGAAGAGCUAGAGGGCAACCUGCGCGCAGUGGCAGAGUCAGCACAACCCGAUUGUCAUCUUCCGCUCCUACUUUUUGCAGCAGAUGCAAAUGGCGCACAGCAUCGUUCGAGCAUAGCUCAGGAAGUGCAUCUCACAGAUCCGGAUAUCCAAGAGACACUUUUCCCCUUUGCUGUCGAUGUGGCCCUAGGGACAUACUUCCAGCCUGGCCUGUACCUCUCCUCCACAGGACCCAAAGAAAGCAACCCGUACGGGGACAGUUCCCGCCUAGUCCUCCCGUACCCUGUCGGCUCCAAUAAGAUAGCACAUAUGAGCCGCUUCAACAACACUACACCUGGAGCCAAGUACGCAGAUGUGUACCAAGAGCUGCACGAUCGGCAUGGUGGGGGGGGGCUUGGCGGGCAUGAUGCACAGCUCUCACGGCUUCUCGAUAGAUGGAAACAGCAUGUAGAGAACGAGCAAUUUGGAUGGAUGGUCGGAUUGGAUGGCGUGCAAGGUAGCGACGGGCGAGGGAUCGAUAUGUUUGCCGAUGCGGACAGCGAUGGCGGACCUGUGUUCUAUCCAGAACUGCUGUAA